AUGGCGACCGGCGGUUACAAUUCUCUGCCGUCCUUCUCCAAGGUGCCUAAGGGCAGGCGAACAGAGCGUCGCCGCCAAUCGACUCUGUCGUUUUCAUGGCACACCGAAAAAGAGAAGGAGUGUGCCCUCACGCUCGUGGACUUAUCAAAGAUGACUCCGGCAGAGGAAGAAAGGUCCCCGCUUUCUCAGCCGGAGGUGGAGAAACGGAGCCAGUCACUUCCGUCGCCAUACCCGUCUCCACCAAAACAGCGGCAAGAGUUGUCUCCAAUUUCACUGUCGUCGCUGUCGCAGCAGGACAAGCCACUUCCGCCGCAGCCGCCUAUCCGACAGCCGUCUCCGUCUGUAUCUCCCGCUCCGACACAGCGCAACCAGGCGCGUUAUGUAUGUUCCCAGUGCGGUAAGGUGUUCUCUUCCUACCAGGCCUUGGGGGGCCACAAAGCCAGCCAUAUUCGGAAGUUCCCUGCCGAAUACAGAGCCGCCGCAUCAAGGGCCGUCGUCACCGGAGCAGCGGACCAAAACAAGCCUCACGCUUGCUCUUUGUGCUCCAAGUCGUUCGCGACGGGGCCAGCGCUAGGCGGGCACAUGAGGGCUCACUACGAGAGGAAGAGACGGCAAGCCGCAGCCGAGAACAGGCCGAUGGCUGGGCCAUCGUCCUCGCUGACUGAGUGCUCGACGGCAAUGGGCUUGAGAAUUGACCUCAACCAGAAGGCGAUGCCGGAAGCGGAAUUGGCUAAGGAAGAGGAAACAGUGAGUGAUCUUGUCCGGAAUAUGAGUCGGAUUAAAGGCGGGUGUACUGUUACUGGUGUUGACGGAGGGGUGACUGAGAUACCUUUCUCGUAUGCGCUUAUGAAAACGGACUCCCACGUGAUGCUGAUGACCGACAAUGACUGGGCUGGUGGUACCUGA